CGGGAUGAUUCCGGGGAGACACCCAUCCACCCACGUGUAUAUAAUCAUGAUGGACAUGCCUCCAUCAUUAGAGAUUUUGCACACGGCAUGACACAGUACUAUCGCGUUAUAAUGCUUCACUUGCAAGAUCUUUCUUUUAAUCGGGAAUCGACUCUCUCUCCUUGGCAAUGAACUUGCUUGAGCGGUGCUAGUGUGUCUACAGCCACGACACCGACCAGUCCGACACUCGCUUGCUUCUCCACGCUCUCGCGCCUAUCUCAACACUGAUUAUCUCGAGCACCAUGCUCUUCAGAUUCGGGAUCUUUAUCGGGCUCGGUUCCGUGGUCGCAACCAUUAUCUACUUCACGCCCAUACCAGAACAAACAUUCCUCUCCUGCGAUAGACCAUGUCAUCACUUGGACUGGCCUAUGAUCUGCCGAGUGAAACUCACGUUAGAAGUCUUCCAAUCACUCAGCAAAUCAUGCGGGAAUUGUCCAUUGAAUCAGACUGCCUGCUUAGACAAGCAUUGUGUUUCCGCGGAUGGACAGAGACGGGGCAUCCUUACGGCCAAUCGUCAAAUGCCAGGACCCAGUAUUCAGGUUUGUGAAAACGAUAUCCUAGUAGUAGACGUCAUUAAUCGCCUUCCGGGUAAAGCAGUAGCGGUACAUUGGCGUGGACAAACGCAAAUGGAAAUGCCUUACAUGGACGGCGUACCGUUGAUCACGCAAUGUCCAAUACCGAGUUAUACCACUUUCCAAUAUAAAUUUCGUGCCUCCAGUCCCGGCACACAUCUUUGGCAUGUACAUCAGGAUAUCGACGAGAUAGGGACGAACCGGUUGGCCGUGACGACAAAUCCUGCCAAGUGCGGCGGACAAGAGAGCCUGUGCGUCAUGGAUAUCCAGAAUAUGCGCAAAAUGCCGCGAUCCCUAGCUAUGCCCAGAAUGGACGUGACGAUGUAUCUGCCAAUUAAUUACAAGAUGCAAGCAACGGAACUGAUAGGUAACAGCGGGACGGAAACGCGAGUGUUAAACGUGGACAACUCUACUUUCACGUUUCCGUCAUCGCCACUAUUAACCCAGGGUGGCGAUGUGUCGCCGGAUAUGAUAUGCUCCAACCACGACGACGACGACGACGACGCCGAUAAUGCUCGCAACGAGAAUAAUGACACAGUGUCGCGACGCCGAUGCCGUCCGAUCGGUGACGGCGCCAGCAGUGGUGCGAGCAACAUGUGCGAGUGCGUACACGUGCGUCGCAUACCGCUCGGGGCGACCGUCGAGAUUAUUCUCCUGGAUCAGGGCGGUCUGGACGAUCUGGUUUACCAUUUACACGGCUACAGUUUUUACGUGGUGGGCGCGAAACAUUUCGGUCGAAGUAUGUCGUUGCAGGAGGUGAAAAAACUCGACGAGAGGAAGCAACUGUUCGUGCGAAAUCUCGACUGCGCGCCGACUAAGGAUACUAUCGUCGUGCCCAAGUUCGGUGCCGUGGCGUUGCGAUUUAAAGCCGACAAUCCAGGUUAUUGGAUGUUGCGCGAUGAGCACGCGGCUGAUUGGACUCGCGGUUUGGAUGUUGUUCUGCAAAUCGGAGAAUCUAACGACAUGAUGCCUGCUCCACAAGACUUUCCCAAGUGCGGAUCCUUCGUCGGACCCGACUACUUCCUUAUAUAGACUGUUAUAACCGCUCAAGUUGAACAUGUAUAUAAUUGUAUAUAACGAUAGAGACGCGCAGACCUAUAUAUGCGUGGACUAAAAUUCAUGAUUUUUUUACGAAUAAAUAUCGAGUUAUACAUC